AUGGCCACGUCCGCCACUCCAAUGGACUUUAAACGCAAAGCACUUCUUUCUCCAUUUGACGAGUGGCCAUUCCAGGGCUAUAGCCCGAGCCGGAACGCCGCGCCGCAGGAUGGAUCCGUUAAAAUAGCCUCAUCCGUCUCCUCCCUCGCGCUCAAGUGCCUCUUUCCGGAUGUCGUAUCGCAUGAGUACAUCGGCGUGUGGAUGGCAGCAGCUCCAUCAGGACUCCCGCUGCCCAGCCUUGGGAUCGGUUUUCGGAGACAAAGGCACUCGCCGGGGCCCCCAGGAAAGAGGAGGCCUUUGCGAAAGCCUAAUGAGCACAUAUAUAUAAAGUUCUGUCUUUUGUGGCUGAGCUCGUUGGAAAUGUCUGGACGGCGGUGA